CAGCGACUUCAACUUCGACAACGUCCUGUCCGGCAUGAUGGCCCUGUUCACCGUCUCCACCUUCGAGGGCUGGCCCAGCCUGCUGUACAAGGCAAUCGACGCCAACGGGGAGAACCUCGGCCCCAUCUACAACUACCGGGUGGAGAUCUCCGUCUUCUUCAUCGUCUACAUCAUCAUCAUCGCCUUCUUCAUGAUGAACAUCUUCGUGGGCUUCGUCAUCAUCACCUUCCGUGCCCAGGGCGAGCAGGAGUACCGCAACUGUGAGCUGGACAAGAACCAGCGGCAGUGUGUGGAGUACGCGCUGAAGGCCCAGCCGCUGCGGCGCUACAUCCCCAAGAACCGGCACCAGCACCGGGUGUGGGCGGCCGUGAACUGCUCGGCCUUCGAGUACGGCAUGUUCCUGCUCAUCCUGCUCAACACCAUCGCGCUGGCCGUGCAGCACUACGAGCAGUCGCAGCCCUUCAACUACGUCAUGGACCUGCUCAACAUGGUCUUCACCGGCCUCUUCACCGUGGAGAUGGUGCUGAAAAUCAUCGCAUUCAAACCCCGGCACUAUUUCUGCGACGCCUGGAACACCUUCGACGCGCUGAUCGUGGUGGGCAGCGUGGUGGACAUCGCCGUCACCGAGGUCAAUAGCUCGGAGGACAGCUCCCGCAUCUCCAUCACCUUCUUCCGCCUCUUCCGCGUCAUGCGCCUGGUGAAGUUGCUCAGCAAAGGCGAAGGGAUCCGCACCCUGCUCUGGACCUUCAUCAAGUCCUUCCAGGCCCUGCCCUACGUUGCCCUGCUGAUCGCCAUGAUCUUCUUCAUCUACGCCGUCAUCGGCAUGCAGACCUUCGGCAAAGUGGCGCUGCAGGACGGGACGCAGAUCAACCGCAACAACAACUUCCAGACGUUCCCCCAGGCUGUGCUGCUGCUCUUCAG